AUGACAGCAACAAACAACAGCAACAACUAUAUCGUUUCUGAUGAAAAAGUUAUUGAUUCAUUAGCUGAGGAAUUAGUUGUGGCAGAAACUAAAACCCUCAACGAAAGAAUUGGUGAAAACAAGAUUGAUUUACAUAACUACCUCAAACACGAUGGAGGAAGAGGAAGGAAAACUGGUAUGGCUUUAUUAGUAAAUAAAAUUUCAAAUUUAACGAUUAUAGAUGUUGAUAUCAAUAAAUCAUACAAUGAUGAACUUAAAGAAACAGUUAGAAAAGAUAUUUUAUCAAAACUUUCGGAUAAAGAUGUUAUCGUUAAAACCGCUUCAGGAGGUCUUCACAUUUAUUGCAACACUAAUUUCUUCUAUUCAACCUCGAACAGAAUGAUUAAAUGUUAUUCCUGCAAUGAUUAUGAUAUUGACAUAAUGACUUCAAUGGAUGAUUCAAAGCGUUCUUUAGUAGUUAUGGCUGAUUCAAGAGUUCGCAAGAAUGCAACAGAACCAAUCAAUACAUACUCAUUCAUUCGUGGAAGUUAUGAUUCAACAUUAACCAGAACAGUGAAUGAUAUAUUAAAUGAUUUGAAUAUUAAGGUAAGAGUUGAACAGAAGAACGAAGAAAUAAAGACUAUCAUGAAUGAAAACAAAGAUGUAAACAUUGACGAUAAACUAGCUCAGAGCAUAGUUGAUGGCAUCU